CUCAAUGGUUAGACACAAACUACGCAGCGACUCACAGCUUUUUUUCUUUUGAUUCAUUAGAGAGAUAGAUUCUUUUUUUGCGGCCGCAAUCAUAUUUUUGAAUUUCACAUUCUUAUCGCUGUGUCGUAUUCUAUAGUGUGUAAAUAGAAAAAAACAAGCAUCUCUAUUUGGAAACUUAGUUAUUGCGUGUAGAAGUAUUGAAAGAGAAAUACAAAUUCUAGAUUCUUGAAUACCGGUUCAAGAAGAAAAACCCAUCAAAAGAAUUUCAUUGAAAAACAAGUGUGAAAUUUUCGUUUCAUUGAUUGAGACGGUUUAAUUCCCUUUUAUUGAAGCGCAAAAAAAGUGAAAUUACAACAUCGAUCCGUUAUAGAGAAAGAGUGAGAAUGAAAAAAAGCACAUAGAACUAAUAGCCAGCGAUAAUGAUCAUGUUACUCAUAAGAACGGAUAUGAUCGUCUUGUGUGUGUAUUGAGAAAAAAGUGAUAAAAAAGAAUAACCAGUUACAUCAAAGAAAAAGAAAGAAAAGAUCUUUGUGUUUUGUGAGAUUUUUUUUUUGUUCCAAGGUCCGACCGAUUAGAUUGUAGACACUUAUUAAAACAGUAAUUUUUUCGGUGACUUUCAUCGUUGUUCUUGAAUGAAGACAUUUAAAAAAAAAAUUCUCUUUGCUAUAAAUAGAGAGGCAGUGCUUCAAAUUAAUGACAACACCGUUCAAUUGUUUUAUUCAAACAAAGCGACAUAAAUUAUGCUCUCUGUGUCGACAAAAUAGUGUGUUGAACGAAAAUAAUGUGUAUCUAAAAUUGAAAGAGAGAGAAAGAAAGACAUUUGAUGGCAACGAAAACCUGCUACAUCGCAAUAUAUCGUAUACGAACCGAAUGACGGAAAAGAACAUGAAUGAACAAUAAACAAAGACCAAUUUUCCUGCUUAUGAUAGAAACUUACGUUCUUCAUUCGUUUUUGUGUGGAUGUGUCGCGUAUUUCAACGGUUGAAUGAGAUCAAUUAAGAAUUUUCGUCAAAACAUGCGCAAUUCAGAUCUCACGUAGUGAACAUUUUGACACAUAGAUAGUAUUGUUCUUAAUCAGAAUCAAUUUACGAAAAGAAAACACAACAAUUUCACGCCAUACAAAAGGAAACAACAACGCAAAAACCACUUUCAACGCAUCUGUUCAGUUUAGACUCUGAAAAUUUUGUGCACUUUUCAAAUUAGAUAAUUUGCUGUGAUGAAUGGUCUGUCUCAAUGGAUUUGUAUUUUUGCGUUAAUCUUUGCCGGUGACGCUGCUAUCGAACCGCCGCCAUGGAGUGAUCCAAGUCGAAAUCCAUGCGCUAAUAAACCAGGCGGUUGGCAACUUCUAUACUGGGCACCGCUUAAACAAUGCUUCAAAAUAUAUACGAUGGGCUAUCCAUGUCCAGAUACAAUGGAAUUAACACCCGGCAUGAGAAGUACACGUUCAUCGAAUGGUUUGAUAGCCGAGUGCCGAUGUCCGCCUGGUACAGCACAAAAUUUUGAUUCAACCGCUUGUUAUAAAUUAUACGAGCAAGGACCUUGUGAUAUUGGUCAAUUCUUUGCUCCAGUCAAUGAACCGUCUAAUGCAGCGAUACCAAAGAAGCGAAAGGGCUUUUGCAAAACACCACCUGAAUGCCCCAAUGGACAGGUUUAUUGGCCACAAGAUUCCAAAUGCUACACGCUUCAUACAAAAGGUCCAUGUCAAAAAGGAAAACUAUUUGUCAUUGGCAAAAAUCGACUGGCAGAAUGCAAGUGCGAAAAUGAAAACGAACUGGCACAAUAUUAUUAUAAGCCGUUCGGAACAUGUUAUGAACAUUUUACGGUGGGACCAUGUGAAGAUGGUGGCAAAAUAUUUUUACCAGGUGGAAAAUGCGGUUGUCAUGUAAAAUUGCCAAAUUAUCAUGAAGACACUGAUCAAUGCUAUGAACUUGGUACCAAUGGUCCAUGUCCGGCUGGUUAUUUGUUUACCAUCCCAGAAAACAGUAUACAAAAUCAGUAUGCUCAGUGUCAGUGCAAAGAAGGUUAUGCAAGUUGGCCAGAUGGUCAAUGUUAUCGUUUGUAUACCAGAGGUCCAUGUGCAAAUGGUGAAUUUUUGGUGAAUUCAACGACAUGCAUUCGGAAUCCAUGUGGAAAAGGUCGACUCUAUUUUCCCGAUGAAAAGACGUGCUAUCGUAUUGGUUAUCAGGGUCCAUGUGAUCUGAAUCAAGUGGUUGUCUUUGAUUUCACUGUUCGACCAUCCAUCGAUGGUAUUUCGUAUAAUGGUGUGUGUGGAUGUGCGGGCAUUAUUAAAUCUUUAGAUCAAAAAUGUCAACCAGAAGAUAUUGUGGAGAAAAAUCCGUGCCAUUCAACACCCGGAAUGGUUGAGAUAAAUGGUUCCUGCUAUAAAUUGUACACCAAAGGUCCUUGUGCCGAUGGUCUUUGGCUGGAACCGAUCAAAAUUCUCAAACGAAGCGAUAAACGUGGCGCACAUUGCGCAUGCAGACCAGGCUAUACUAAAUAUGAAACAGCUAAUGGUAUCGGAUGCUACGCACCAAAUAUAGGAAUAGCGAGGUAUUUAAAUGGGAAAAAUUUCAGCAUUUCAAUGCUUGGCGAGGAGUUUGUUAGCUCAUUUUUUAAUACAACAUCGCAUGCCACGGUUUUUGCAACCAGUUGAUUUUGAAAUUUAAUUUGUUUUACUAUCCUAUGCAUAUUGAAAAGUUGUAAUCAUGUGUAUUUCAAUUUCACAGAAGCUCUGCUUUUUCAAAUGAUUCUGUGUUUGACACAAAUUCCAUAAAUAAUUAUUUAAUUUGACAAUUUUAACUCGUGAAAGUUACCAUUUUUCAAAAUCAUGCACAAUAUUUGAAAAGGUAGAGUGAAUCGAAUCUAUUUUCCUAUGGUGGUGUUCUUGAAAUUUGGCGUAUACAUAUUUUGUGUUUAGUGUAUUUUCAUCAAACAGUUGAAAACUUAAAUUGUAAAUAGCCAAUAUGUGUAGAGUCUGCAAUCAAUUUGAUUCGAACCGAUUGCAAUAUUUUAUAUAUGUAGAAAACUAUCGAAUAGACUGAUUAGUUAUGUGCAAAUAACAUUGUAUACAUGUAUAACCAUAUUAAUUGUUUACAAAACAAAAAUCAAUUUCAUUGAUUUAAAACUGUAAUUUUAGUUUCAAAUUGUCUAUUUCGAGUCUAUACCUACAUUACUGUUUUGAUAUGGCUUGUUUUGCAUGCUGGUGUUUCUUGUAUUUUUCAGUAUUGUUUACACAUGAUUCUAUAGGGUAGACAUGGACUAUAGUUGUCAACGAACCGCUGAGAGAAAAACUCAGAGAAAAAACUAUAAAAAAAUAGAUUUUCUUAAGUAAAACUGACUCAUGGAAAAUGUACAUGUGUUUUACUUGAGAAAAAAACUAGAUCUUACUAAGAAUCAUGUCUAUCCUCUAGGUUUAAAUAAUUUAAUCCUUCUACUUGUGUGUGUGUGUCUUUUUUUUUAAAAAAUCUUCUAAAUAGCAACCGCAAUAGCUUGGCCAUUUUUCUUCCACAUUUUCUCCCUAUCAAUUCACAAUCACAGAUGAUUUCAAAAAUUUUCUUUAUGUAGGUGGUUUCUAAAUUUUUUCGGAUAUCCAACAGCUGAAGAAGAAUUGCACAAUUAGUGAUUCUUGUGCAUCGGAAUGCGGAAAUCAGAUUAUUUCAAACAUCGAAUCAUUCAUUCAAUUAAAAAAAACGGAAUGAAAUAGUCAUAACGAAAAAAUAUUUGUCACCAAUUUGAUUGGCUCGCAAAUCAAGCGAUCGAUAAAUGUUUAUGCUUUUGAUUUCCCCCGUGUAUUCAAGCCGAAUUGAAAUUUGUUCAGCGAGAAUAUAGUUUUUAGAAUAGUUAAGUUUCAACAACAAAUACGAAAUGUUAAGUGUUGUAAUGUGAUUGUGCCAUAUAACUCGUUUUUAACUAGAAUCAUAAACAAAAAGAAUUAUGUAUGACUAACUAUAAGAAUUUUAUAAAUAAUAAAAAGAAAAAUCAGUUGAAAAUCGAA